UCCCUCCUUGCCCUCACGCGGAAUUUCCCUCUCUCUCCAACUACCCCAACCACCAAAAGUCCCCGCUAAAAUUACUCUCCCGUCACCGGAAUCCGACAACUCCUUUUCUCACACCUCCGUUGCCGCCACCGGAUUCCGGGCACCACUUCGUCUUUAGCAGCUGCCAAUCAGCUUCUUUUCAGAUGGAGUCCUCUUCCAACUCGAUGAAAGUCUCACCCUUGGAUCUGAUGGCGGCAAUCAUCAAGGGCAAGAUGGACCCCGCCAACGCCUCCGCCGACUUCUCGGGGGCCCAAGUCACCUCAGUCAUUCUCGAGAACCGCGAGUUCGUCAUGAUCCUGACCACCUCCAUUGCCGUCCUCAUCGGCUGCGUCGUCGUUUUGGUCUUGCGGCGAUCCAGUUCCCAGAAGCAGCCUCGUGUCCUCCAGCCUCCCAAGCCCCUCAUCGUGCUGGAACCGGAGCCGGAGGAGGUCGACGACGGCAGCAGGAAGGUCACCAUCUUCUUCGGCACUCAGACUGGUACCGCCGAAGGCUUCGCCAAGGCUUUGGCCGAGGAAGCAAAAGCUCGAUACGAGAAGGUCACAUUCAAAGUUGUUGAUUUGGAUGAUUACGCUGCCGAUGACGAAGCAUAUGAGGAGAAAUUGAAGAAUGAGAGCUUGGCAUUUUUCUUCCUGGCCACAUAUGGUGACGGUGAGCCAACCGACAACGCUGCAAGGUUUUACAAAUGGUUUACAGAGGGUGAAGAGAGAGGGGAGUGGCUUAAGAAUCUUCACUACGGAGUGUUUGGCCUCGGAAACAGGCAGUAUGAGCAUUUCAAUAAGGUUGCCGUGGUUGUGGAUGAGAUCCUCGCUGCGCAGGGUGGGAAGCGACUUGUUAAAGUCGGUCUUGGAGAUGAUGAUCAAUGCAUUGAGGAUGACUUCUCUGCAUGGCGAGAGUUGAUGUGGCCUGAGUUGGAUCAGUUGCUUCGAGAUGAGGAUGAUGUCAAGUCACCUGUUUCUACACCGUACACUGCCGCUGUAUUGGAGUAUCGAGUUAUAAUUAAGGAUGCUGCAGAUGCAUCAGUAGAAAGUAAGAGCUGGAAUAAUGCAAAUGGUCAUGCUGUCAUUGAUGCCCAACAUCCAUGCAGAGCUAAUGUGGCUGUCAGAAGAGAACUUCAUACUCCUGCAUCUGAUCGUUCUUGCACCCAUCUCGAAUUUGAUAUUUCUGGCACUGGACUUACAUACGAAACUGGGGAUCAUGUUGGUGUUUACUGUGAGAAUCUUCCUGAAGUUGUGGAAGAGGCGCUAAGUUUGUUGGGUUUGUCCCCAGAAAUAUACUUCUCAAUACACACUGAUAGAGAGGAUGGCACACCACUAAGUGGAAGCUCCUUGACACCUCCCUUCCCACCAUGCACACUAAGAACAGCACUAACUCGAUAUGCUGAUGUUUUAAAUUCUCCGAAAAAGUCUGCCUUACUCGCUUUAGCAGCACAUGCAUCUGACCCAACUGAAGCUGAUCAAUUAAGACAUCUUGCUUCGCCAGCUGGGAAGGAUGAAUAUGCACAAUGGGUGGUUGCAAGUCAGAGAAGCCUUCUUGAGGUCAUGGCUGAAUUUCCAUCAGCCAAGCCUCCGCUUGGUGUCUUCUUCGCGGCAGUCGCUCCAAGAUUGCAGCCUAGAUACUAUUCAAUCUCGUCAUCCCCAAGGAUGGCGUCUUCUAGAAUUCACGUUACUUGUGCUUUAGUUCAUGAGAAAACACGAGCAGGAAGGAUCCACAAAGGAGUGUGUUCAACCUGGAUGAAGAAUUCCAUUCCUUUGGAGAAGAGCGAUGACUGUAGCUGGGCACCCAUUUUUGUUCGACAAUCCAACUUCAAACUUCCUGCUGAUACUAAAGUACCUAUUCUUAUGAUUGGUCCUGGAACCGGAUUUGCUCCAUUCAGGGGUUUCCUGCAGGAAAGAUUGGCUCUUAAAGAAGAUGGAGCGGAAUUGGGAUCCUCCACAUUAUUCUUUGGAUGUAGAAAUAGUCAAAUGGAUUACAUUUACGAAGAUGAGCUGAACAACUUUUUAGCAACCGGUGCACUUUCUGAGCUGGUGGUUGCUUUCUCACGUCAGGGACCCACCAAGGAAUAUGUGCAGCAUAGAAUGAUGCAGAAGGCGUCAGACGUCUGGAACAUGAUAUCUCAGGGAGGUUAUAUUUACGUUUGUGGUGAUGCUAAGGGCAUGGCCAGGGAUGUCCACCGGACUCUUCACACAAUCGUGCAGGAGCAGGGAUGCAUGGACAGCUCCAAAGCCGAGAGCCUGGUGAAAAAUCUGCAAAUGAACGGAAGAUAUCUGCGUGAUGUGUGGUAACAGUUCCUCCUCUAUCUGUUAGAGUAAGAUCCCUAGAAAUUAUUUAUCUGCUGAGGAGAAGUUGGGGAUGAACACAUUACGGGAGGGAUUUUUCGGACGCCUUCCCUUUGCCAGCCUUGGAAGAACAAUUGGUCUUCUUGUGAUUACAGCAACUCGGUUCUGUGAUUCUUUUUACCCUACGGUAUUUAUCCAAUAUGUAGAAUUAUUUUGUUCGUGUAAUUUAUAUAUAUUGCCGAUAUAUAUAAUAAUAAUAAUAAUAAUAAU